ACUAAAGGGCGUAGUCGCGUCCGUAUAUCUGAUUGGCCUGAACCGCACCAACGUCGUGAUAUGACGUCAUUACCGGCGCCCAAGCACUAGCAGCGCGUGAAUAUGGCGAACAUCAGAAGUGUCAAGGGUAUGGUGGGUCUGGUGACAGGAGGGGCAUCUGGUUUGGGGAGAGCAACUGUGGAGCGCCUUAUCAGCCAGGGUGCCAGCGCUGUGAUCCUAGACCUGCCCAGUUCAGAUGGACACAAGCUUGCUGCUGCCCUUGGGGAUCGUUGUGCAUUUGCCCCAACCGAUGUCACAUCAGAGUCAGAUGUGAAAUCGGCUGUUGAGUUGGCCAAGGAGAAGUUUGGCAAGGUGGAUUUGGCAGUGAACUGUGCCGGAGUGGCUGUUGCUGUGAAAACAUACAACUUCAAAAAGGAUCUUCCUCACAGCCUGGAGGACUUCACUCGUGUUAUCACUGUUAACAUUGCUGGGACGUUUAAUGUGAUCAGACUGGCUGCGGGGGAGAUGGGAAAAAAUGAGCCUGAUGCCGAUGGGCACAGGGGCUGUAUCGUCAACACAGCCAGCGUUGCUGCUUUUGAUGGGCAGGUGGGCCAAGCUGCAUACUCCGCCUCCAAGGGUGGGAUUGUAGGGAUGACUCUUCCUAUUGCUCGGGACCUUGCACCUGUGGGGAUCCGUGUAGUCACCAUCGCCCCAGGUCUGUUCUCCACGCCCCUACUUGCUGGAUUACCCGAGAAGGUGAGGAACUUUCUGGCCAGGCAGGUGCCCUUCCCCUCACGUCUAGGAGAUCCGGCUGAGUUUGCACACCUUGUGACUUCUAUAGCAGAAAACCCGAUGAUCAAUGGUGAGGUGAUUCGCUUGGACGGAGCCAUCCGCAUGCAACCUUGAAGGAACUUGAACUAGAGAUAAGGGUAACAUAGUGGACUGUUGUGUCUUUGGUCUGAAUUUUCAACACAAUUCAUAAAACCUGGAUGCUUUCUGUCUAAGAUGAAGUUUUCUCACUCAUAUUGGAAAUAGAUUUUUACACACUUAAGUCAGUCUGGUAUUCAUUUACUUGGUCUACUGUUCAUAUGUGUCCUAGUAGUACAUACUAGCUCUGAAGAUGUGGAUCAUAUAUUUAGCCUAAUAUAUGUCAGAGAAAUGCCUUAUUCAUAUAACCAUAAGGAGACUUCUAGUCAUUCAUGCCGAAUGUCUUUGUGUAAAAUGAAAUGUACUGUAAUAUAAUAAGCAUAAGAGGAUGAGUUAUGAUGAAUACAUAUUUAGCAGUUUUCCCCAUUCAUUGAGUCGAAAACAAACCUCAAGGAUGAUGGUUCAUUUAAAACACUUUACCACAGUUCUGUUCCCUGUUUUUCUUGUUGUAUAAUAAAAAUUUCCUAGUUUGUAGUA